GUACACCAAAAUGCUCUAUAUCGGCUGUUAAAGUAGGCAUAGAAUUUCCUUGGUAUUCAGCCUUUCCCAAUAAUGAAAAAAAGCCUGUUGCACAUAAAAAUUUUUAUUAUGAGAGGGCUUGUGUACUAUUUAAUAUUGGUGCCAUGUAUAGUAAGCUUGGUAUUGCGGAAAGUAGACUAACUCCAGAAGGUGUUAAAAGAGCUUGUCAACAUUUUCAACACGCAGCUGGUUGUUUUAAACAUCUGAAUAGUGCAGUAGUACCGGAAAUGCGAAUUUUACCAACAUCAGAUAUGGCACCUACAACUUUAAAUGUUCUGAUUAAUAUUAUGUUAGCACAAGCUCAAGAAUGUUUUUGGCAAAAAGCUGUUUAUGAAAAAUUAAAAGAUGGAAAUGUGGCAAAAUUAGCAAGUCAGGUAUCUGUGUAUUAUGAAGCUGCAUUUGAAUUAGCGACAAAUAAUCCAGAAGUUGCAAAGUUAAUAGGCCAAAAUUGGCUUACACAUUUGCAAGUAAAAUCUUGGCAUUUUGCUGCAGCUUCAGAAUUUCGUAAAUCCUGUGAAUGUAUUAGUCAGAAUAAAUAUGGUGAAGAAAUUGCAAGAUUACGAGUAGCUGAGGGGUACGUGAAUCGAGCAUUUGAUCAGCGUAAAAAUUUAAGGGAAGCUGUAAUAAAAGAUUUAGAGUCACUGCAUACAGUUGUUACUUCAAACCUCAGCCGUGCUGUGAAAGAUAAUGAUAUUAUAUAUUUACAUACUAUUCCCUCGGCUUCAUCAUUGGCCCCAAUUGGUCAGGCAAGUCUAGCUAACCCAACACUUCCUCCGGAAGUCAAUAAUCCAGUUUCUUUGAUGAGUGAAAGAUCUAUUUUGGGACUCCCAUUGUUUGUAAAACUUGUCCCAUUUGCAGUUCAUCAGGCUCAUAGUGUAUAUUCUGAUCGUAAAGAAAGAACGGUAAAAGAAAUUUUAUGUAAAUUAGAAGAGUUAACAAGCAUUUGUACCAGUACGUUACAGUCUUUAAACGUGCCUGGUUCAAUGUCGGAUACAGAAGGCCAUAUAAUUCCACAAUCAAUAUUUGCAAAUUCACAAGAUGUUCGCAAUGAAGGCGGUGUAACAAGAUUGAAUGCAAUGUUUGAUAGCAUACAGGAUGCAUCUCCAAGUAAUAAUCAAAUUUUAGAUGAGGCAUUAAAUAUUUUAGACCAAGAGAUAAUAGAAGAUGAAGAAUGGGAAAAAAAGUUUGGUGAAAGAUGGACAAGAGCUAAAUCUGAUGAAAUUAAUAAAGAUUUAGUGAACCAAGGGUUAAGUUAUCAAGAAGUUCUUCAGCAAGCGCGAAAAGGUGAUUUGGCAAUUAAAAAUAAAAUGGAACAAUGGAGCCAACUCAUUGAGUUAUUAGGAUCUGAUAGGGAAAUCCUAAAAAAAGACAUCUUAGCAAAUAGCUCUUUUGAUGUAUCUGUACAAUCAGACAUUAAAGAAUUUGACAACAAAUUACGGAAUCUUAAAAACGAAGCUCAUGCUAAUAUAGGAGUGCGCAAAAAAACUGAAGAGGAAGUUAAAAAAGUUUCUAAUCUAGAUGAUAUUGGUCCUAUAUUACUUAAAGAGGCUGCUAAAAUUACUGCCAAUGGUACAGCAAUAAAAAUCGAGCCGGCACACUUUGAGGAAUUAUUCGAUGAAGAGUUGAAAAAAUAUGAUAAAUUUAAAGAUUUUGUGAAAAGUGAAACAGAAAAUCAAGAAAAAUUAUUGAAUCAUAUUCAAGAAUUAACAGAAGAACGUGAGAGAUCAAUGAAGAACUCUGGAAGAACUGAAUCAUUUGAGAAAUUUAAAACAGCACAUCAAAAAUUCAGAGAGAUAUUGACAAACUUGCAAGAAGGAAUCAAAUUUUAUCGCAAUUUUGAAACUACUUUGCGAGAAUACAAAAAAAGCUGUCAAGAAUUUGCUUCUCGUCGUCAGAGAGAGGGUUAUGACCUUGUCCGUGAAUUGACAUCUAGCACUACCGAUAGGGUUUGGAAUAGAGGUAUGCCUAUAGUUUACUCCCCCCAGACUAUUUCGCAGCAAUCUUCCCAAUCACCAAGGCCAAGUAGUGUGCGGAAUCCAGACAGGAAUUCCCAUUUUUCAC